ACCAAAACAGUCUUAUUGGCCAAGACUCAAACCCUCAGUCCUUGCACUAGGGGUUGAAGUUGCUCAAUGGGUCUGCGGGGCAGGCGAAUGCGAGCGGCCGAGGGCAUUAAAGCUCCCCGUGCCCGAUUGAAGCUGAUGUUUAUGAUGCAUGCUGAGCAGCCGUGAAGGUUUGUCAGCACUGCUAAGCAUUUAGCGGGAGGAAGGGAGGGGUGAUCCCAUUGUGCCGGGCCUCCUGUAGUCUCCUCCACUGGAAUUAAUUAGCCUCUUUCUCACAGAAGACACCCUUCCAUCGCAGCCCGUGCCCUCAAACACACACACACACACACACACAUCAGGACAGACUGACUGACUGACGGACGGAUUGUAUAAGAUCAGACUUGGAAUGGCAAUAAAAGAGGAGCUGAGGAGCCGUCAGUUUUGGCAGGGGAUUCUGGCAGAGCUUCUUGGUUCCCUGAUCUUUGUAUCUGCUGUGUUGGGUUCUUUGGUGCCGGGGCCGGACGGGGCCUCCCCGGGGCCCAUCUACCCUGCACUGGCUGCCGGUAUGGCAACUGUGGUCCUGGGAUAUUGCUUUGGUGAAAUCAGUGGGGCUCAGGUCAAUCCUGCAGUGACUGUGGCGCUCUUGGCCACGCGUAAGGUGGAUGUGUUCAGGGCACUGGUGUAUCUGCUGGCCCAGUUUGGGGGGAUCCUCGCCACUGGCCUCAUGUACCUGUCGCUGCCCCUGAAGUCCACCGCACAGAACUACAUCAACAAGGUCCCGGUGGACAUGAACGCCGGCCAAGCUCUUGUGAUGGAGAUGCUUGCCACGUUUGUCCUGGGCUUCACCGUAUUUUCUGUGGAAGAUCAACGCAGGAGAGAAAUAAACGAACCUGGGAACUUAGCCAUUGGGUUUGCUGUAAUCACUGCAAUCUUCAUUGCUGGGAGGUUUUCUGGUGCCAGCUUGAAUCCGGCUCGCUCCCUCGGUCCCGCUAUAAUCCUUGGCUAUUGGGAACAUCACUGGGUCUACUGGAUCGGGCCAAUAUUAGGUGCAGUCCUGGCUGGACUGUCCCACGAGUUUAUUUUUGCCCCCAGUGCGUCCAGACAGAAGUUGGUGGCUUGUUUGACCUGUAAGGACAUUGAGAUUGUGGAGACGGCCAGCGUGUCUCGAUCGUCCCUGUCCACCGUCACACAGAGCGCCAUGAGAAACAAGCAAAGCAACAAACUGGAGCACAGCUAAGCUCAAAUUCAACUGACCAACAAUUCAAUUCUUUUUUUUUAUAUUUCGUCAAUGUCACAAAGGGUGUUAUUCGUGAAACAUGACCAGAACAAAUUGUGUGUCAUUUCUUUAUAACCAUUCUUACAUAAAUUGCACCAUGCAAGUUAUUGAGAACAGAUUUAAGAAUCAUUCACACAGGAGUUUGUCCUGCUCGUGUUUCACAAAUGAGGAAGAGCAAGUGGAAAAUGUUACCACAUAUUUCCUUCAAAAUCUGUAAAU